AAAGCGGGAAGUACAAGUGUACAAUUGAAUGUUCAAAGUUGAGGUUCAAGUUAUACAUAUAUAUUUUAGAUGUUGCCAAAAUAUUUGGAAUAUAUGUGGCUCUUUCCUAAUGAACAUUAACGGCCGGUGACAAUAAAGAGCAUAUGAUGAGCUACUCAUCAAAUUACCUACGCUUGAUUUCUUGGACGAAGCAGCUAACCUCUCACGUUAACCAGGGCCUUCACCGCCAAGCUCUUGCUCUCUUCCGCCACAUGCAAACUUCUCUAGCUCUCUCUCUUGAUCCCUGUGUUUUCCCUCUCCUGCUUAAAUCAUGCUCUGCCAUCCACCGCCCUCAACUGGGCACCGCCGUCCACUCGCACGCUGUCAAAAUGGGUCUCCUCUCAAACCCAUUCGUUGCCUGCGCUCUCGUUGAUGUGCAUGGUAAAUGCGUGUCCCUUUUUUCAGCGCGUAAACUGUUCGACGAAAUUCCUCAGAGAAAUGUUGUUGUUUGGAAUGCGAUGAUAUCGCUUUAUAUGCACUCCAAUCUUGUCCAUGAUGCUUUGCGUUUGUUUGAAUCAAUGGAUGUCAUGCCUAAUGCCUCCACUUUUAAUGCAAUAAUUGCAGGUUUGCCAGGGGUGGAGGAUGGAUCGUCUAAGGCCAUUGCUUUUUAUAGGCAAAUGAGGGAGUUGGGUUUGAAGCCAAAUUUAAUUACGCUUCUUGCUUUAUUACCUGCUUGUGUAGGAUUAGCAGCUUUGAGUUUGAUUGAAGAAAUUCAUGGGUACUCGAUAAGGAAUGGUAUUGAUCCGCAUCCCCAGCUGAGAAGUGGCCUAGUAGAUGCUUACGGGAGAUGUGGAUGUCUUAUUAAUGCAACUAAUGUGUUUCAUAGUAUGAAGGAAAGGGAUGUGGUUGCGUGGAGCAGUUUGAUUUCAGCAUAUGCACUUCUUGGGGAAGCAAGAAGUGCUCUUCAAAUAUUUCGCCAGAUGGAAAUGGCGAAAGUGUGCCCUGAUGACAUUACUUUUCUAGCAGUUUUGAAAGCUUGUAGCCAUGCAGGAUUAGCUGAUGAGGCACUGGACUACUUCAGCAGAAUGCAAGAAGAUUAUGGUCUGCAAGCAAACAGUGAUCAUUAUUCUUGUUUGGUUGAUGUUUUGAGCAGAGCUGGGAGGUUAAACGAGGCAUACAAAGUCAUACGAGAAAUGCCAGUGAAGGUGACUGCGAAAGCUUGGGGUGCCCUUCUUGGGGCUUGUCGAACUUAUGGAGAAGUGGAGUUAGCAGAGAUUGCAGGGAGAGCUUUGUUUGAGAUAGAACCUGAUAAUCCUGCCAAUUAUGUUAUAUUGGCCAGAAUUUAUGCCAGUGUAGGGAGACAUGAGGAAGCUCAGAGAAUGAGAAGAGAAAUGACAGAGAGGGGCGUGAAGGUAGCUCCUGGUAGCAGCUGGGUGGUAUAAAGACAAUAGAACUACUACGUGAUUGUCACCAAAUUAAAGCUUCUUUGGAAAGAUAAACAGGAGCAGCACAUUGCUCUUAGCACUCGGUCAAAGCUUCCUCCUUUUAUAGCAGAUAAGAAAUGCUAGAACAAUCAGUUGAAUGAUAAGAAUUCAAAGAUGUCAAAAAUGGAAGCUAGCACUUCUUUGUGAUGUUUAGUUAUUAUGUAUAUCAACAAUUCUGAAGUCAAGUGACAGCAUAUUAAAGGUCCAAAGGAAAGGUAAAAACAAUGGAAAAGGUAACUUGUAUGUGCACCAAUGGCAGAAAUUCAAGGUGAGGCACCGUGGGUACAUGCCUCGAAAAUCCCCUCCCCCUCUCUCAAGGCAAAUUCAACAACUAUUAUUCAAGAAGUAUUGUAUCUGUAUCUGGUAAUAAAAAAAUAUUUGAAAAAAAAAAUCUAUGCUCGGGUCUCAAAAAAAAUUAUGAUUACUUCUCAAAUCAGCACAUAUCUCUUUCAGAUCGGUUAGAUUGGCAGUUGUAACUUUGAUUGGUAAUAGAUUACCUAUUUCAUGAUUCCACCUUUACAUAUUGACAUCAAUGUAUAAGUUAUUGAUAGCCACUUGUGGUAUGUGAAAUUAUGGUAAUUUAAUGUUUCAUCUGCAGGACUUCUUAUCAAGUUGUAUUGUUCAAGACACGAGUACCAAUCAAUAAAUGAUAUGAGGAUGAUGACAAGCAAGAAAUUACCCCAUUCUUGGUGUAAGGCUUCAUUUUGUGAAGUUUGAACGAGUAAUGAUUAAAGAAUAUUCCAGCUUUGCUUCUUCCAAGUUGCUUCACUGCGGUGGAAUUGAUUCACGUGGUUUAUUUCUGAGACACCAGCCAAUGGAAAUGCUGUAUAUAAGUUAAACUUUGUUGUCAUGAAACAUAGUCUGAUCCCCACUAGCUAGGUUUGGUUGAAGCUGUAAGGAACAUCAGCCUCCUGCGUAUUUUACAGCUUUUGCUUGUUCACCGUGAGGGUUUCAAGUGACACUUGAUGCAACACCUGUACCAUAGUCUUCUGUAGCUGGUAAUGGUGAGGAAUCAGAGGCUGGAAGAAAAAUAAAUGAAGGGAAAUAUAUGCUACUGUCUGCAUAUAUGAAAUAGCCAAUUGAGUGCAUCUGAAGUUAUUAGUCACCUUGUGUAUUUCUUGCUGGGAAGCAUGAAUCAUGAGGAAAGUAACAGGGGAAAAAACAUUCUAGGGCAUGCCUUUUACAAUUGAUUUUUGGGAAAAAACAUUCUAGGGCAUUCCUUUUACAAUUGAUUUGUCAAUCUCACCUUCACCUUAGCGUUUACAUCCUCUUGUUUAUUUUUAUUGUUGCUUUUGCCACGUAACACAUCAUACAGGAUGGAACCUGUCACCUUGGGUUGCAGUUUAGCAACAUUAACAUUUUGUUUUUUACUUUGAAAUCAUUGACAUUUUGUUGGCUCCA